AUGGAUGAGAAGCUCAUACAGCGAUUGGAAUCGGCGGUACUGCGUUUGGAGGCAAUAUCUACCGGAGGCCAUCCCGCUACCUCGCCGGCCGAUGCUUCAGAUGCGGCACUCGAUCCAUCCGUUGUUGCCUUCACUGAUCUUAUCGAUCAAUAUCUCGGUAGGGUUUCCCGUGCUGCGGAGAUUAUUGGUGGACAGGUGUUGGAGGUCACCAAUAGGAUACAGGAAGCUUUCUCUGUUCAGAAAGAGCUUUUGAUUAAGCUCAAACAAACUCAGAAACCUAACCCUGCUGGGCUGGCUGAAUUUCUAAAACCAUUGAAUGAAGCGAUCGUGAAAACUGCUGCGUUAACAGAAGGAAGGAGAUCUGAUUUUUUUAAUCACUUGAAGGCUUCUGUUGACAGUCUCUCAGCUCUAGCAUGGAUUGCAUUUACAGGGAAGGAUUGUGGUAUGAGUAUGCCCAUUGCACAUGUUGAAGAAAGUUGGCAAAUGGCUGAGUUUUAUAGCAACAAGGUACUUGUUGAGUACCGAAACAAAGACCCAAAUCAUGUUGAGUGGGUCAAAGCUCUGAAAGAGUUGUAUGUACCUGGUUUGAGGGAUUAUGUGAAAAGCUUCCAUCCUUUAGGCCCUGUAUGGAGUCAAACUGGAAAAGUAAUUGCUCCAUCAAAAGCUAAUGCUCCGAUUGCACCUUCUGCUCCUCCUCCUCCGCCUGCGUCUCUCUUUAGUUCUGAAUCAUCCCAGGCUUCAUCUUCUAAACCAAAAGUGGGGAUGUCGGCUGUUUUUCAAGAGAUUGGUACAGGAAAUGUCACAGCAGGUCUGAGAAAGGUUACGGAUGAUAUGAAAACUAAGAAUCGCACAGAAAGAGCUGGAAUUGUUGGUGGGAGCACUGUAAAAGAAAGUCAUGCUGGUUCACGCGCAGUUGCUAAAGUAGGACCUCCGAAGUUUGAACUUCAAAUGGGCCGCAAGUGGGUUGUUGAGAAUCAAAUUGAGCAGAAAAGCUUGGUCAUUGAAGAUUGUGAUGCAAAACAGUCUGUAUAUGUUUAUGGAUGUAAAAACUCCGUGUUGCAGAUUAAAGGCAAGGUCAAUAAUAUAACUAUUGACAAUUGCAAAAAGAUGGGAGUUGUAUUUCAGGACGUUGUUGCAGCUUGUGAGAUUGUAAACAGUAAUGGGGUGGAGGUUCAAUGCCAGGGUUCAGCUCCUACAAUUUCGGUGGACAACACUUCUGGCUGCCAGUUAUAUCUGAGCAAAGACUCUUUAGAAACAUCCAUAUCCACAGCAAAGUCAAGUGAGAUCAAUGUAUUAGUUCCUAACGCCGAGUCUGAUGGUGAUUGGGUGGAGCAUUCUUUGCCACAACAGUACAUUCAUUUCUUCAAGGAAGGACGUUUUGAAACUACUCCAGCUUCUCACUCAGGUGGUUAA